GCGGAGCACGGAUCGUUCCCGCCAUGUCUGCCGCUCCUAUUCCCCCGCAGUAAACGGCAUCACUGAACCGCCUUAGGCGCCUCUUGUCGUCUCGCAAUCGAUCCGUUCCAUACCUCUCUUUAACGCAUUUCGCGGCUCCCCCGCGCCUUUUUCCUUGCGCACGCGUCGGCCAUCGGGACCUUCGAGGCGUCCUCGACUUCACAAGAAGCCCGCUCAGCGCGCGCCUGCCUGCCCGUCUACCUGGCUCGUUCGCGUUCCCGCCAAGCGCUGGUCGUUGCGUCGCUGCGUCGCUGCGUCGCUUCCAGCCAGCUGCGCUGGCCUCGUGGAACAGCGGACCAGUCCGUGAUCAUUUGUGAAGGAAGUCAAGUUGUGCCUAAGAUUGGUCGCGGCCGCCGCAUUCGGGACUGAAAUCGUCGCGCAAACGCGGUGUGAAAGCGCGCAUCGCAUUGAGGAGUGAGUGUCGCGCGCCGUCCGCGCAGCAGCAGCAUCGACGACUCCGACUCCCCGCCUAUUUCUGCCUCUCGGCAUUUGUCGCGGUGCGCCGUCGUCGCUAUUGCAGCAGCCGCCCAGCCGCCGAGGAAAAGCACGUCGCUGGAGUCGACUCUUUCGUCGCUUGCGCGCUUCUUCUUCCCAAUUCCGCGCCGGAAACGUCGCGCUUUGCCGCUUAAUUGCGCGACAUUGCGGAGCGGUAUUGCGCGAUUUGCGGACGAACGGACGGACGGCGCCGAAUUUCCGCCACCCCUUCGCCUUGUGGGGUCUGCUCGCUAGCUCUGGGCCAAGGUCCAGUUUUCACGCGCCCUCUACUCGGGUCAACCCACGUCGCCUCAAUCAUCGUAGCACCGCGAUCAAACGACCAUUACCUGCCACGAUCGCUCCGACCGCUCCGAUCGCACUCACGCACGCGUCCCGUCCCGUUUCGUCCCGUCCCGCCGCGUGCCGACAUGGCGAAGACGCUGCCACGUGUCAACCUGGCGGAGGUGCAGCACGCGCUCUGCAUGGCGGUGGGGCCGAUGCGCGAGGCGCAGUACCUGGAGCUGUUGCGCGAGUACCUCAACAUGCGCCUGUCGAAGCGCGAGCUCGACCGCCUCGUCCCCGCAACUCUCGGCUCCGAGAACGUCUUCCUGCACAACUCGUUCGUCCGCGCCGUCUUCGCUUCCGCCUGCGCCAGCGACGCCCCGCCCCCAAACGCCACGCGCGCGGACGCCGCCGCCGCGAAUGCCGCCAGCGCCUGGGCUGCGGGGAUGGCGGAGCAGGCGGAAGGCGCCGGCGGCGGAGGCGGUGCAGGCGCUGGCGGGAUGGGCAGUGGCGGGUUUGAGGGCGCUCUUCCGCCGCUGGCGGGUUUUGACCCGUCGUCCUCACCAUUCGCGCAAGACGCGGCGGGUAUGCAGCAGGAGAACGGAUACGAGACACCCGCGCAGCCUUCCCCCAAGCGUCAGCGGAGUCUUGCAGCGCGGGAUCGGAAACAAGCCGCCGCCGCUGCUGCUGCAGCAGCCGCCGCCGCCGCCGCCGCCGCUACCCCUGGCGCUGGUGGCGCUGGUGGCGCCGAUUCGAGCGCAGCAGGAUCCGACGGUGGUCUUAGAAAGAGAAUUUACGGACGGACGUCGGAUGGGAGCAUUCCCGCGAGCCCUGCUGCUGCUGCAGCUGCUGCUGACGAUGCUUCUUUUAACGAGUAUAUCGACCCUUCCUCGCCGGCCGCUCUGGCUGCAGCCGCUGCUGGCGCGGGAGCGGCGUCGGCGCCGCCUGCGGGAAUGGCUGGCGCGCGCAUGGCUUCCGCGGAUGCGCGCAUCAACGGCGCAGGCGGGGAUGCGCACGAGGGGGCUGCGGAUGUGUCUGGACGCCCCUGGAAACGACUCAAGGGGGGGCGCGCGGGAGCUGGCGGAAGAUCCGCGCGUCUAGACGGGGCGGGCGGGGAGAGCAACAGGGGAGAAGGGAUGGAGGAGGGGGACUGGGCUCUGCCCGCGGACGGGGAAGGGGACUGGGGCGGCGGAGCAUCAGGCGGGGCUGCGGGAUUGUGGCCUGUGCGGGGGGAGCAACAGGGGGAACAACCGGGGGAUCGGCGUGCAAUGGCGGGCGGAAAGAGCAAGCCGCCCCCCCCGCCACCGUCAGUGGUGGUUCCGCCGCCCCCUGUGUGCUUGGCCCAAGCCUGGAUGGGGGAAGAGCAGGCGGAGCUGCUAGGGAUACCCGUGGGUCGGGGAUGGGGCGCAGGUGGCGCAGGUGGCGCAGGAAUGGCGGGGGAUGGGGUGAAGCGAGAGGUGGGCGAGGGGGGGGAGUGGGAGGAGACACACUGCAGAGGCGAGGAGGAGGCGGAGGGAGAGGACGGGAAAGGGACACCAGCAGGAGCAGCAGCAGCGGCAGCAGCAGCAGCAGCAGCAGCAGCAGCAGCAGCAGCAGGGAGCAUGGGAGGAGCGCCAGAGAUCAGCCGAGAGACGGAGGCAAGGCAGAAAGCGGCGAUGGACGCGUUUCUAUCCGUGCCUCUGUCCGCGCCGCUGGGAAUACCCUUCCUCGCCUCCAGCAGGGGGGGAGCCGCCGUGCCUGUGGCCCCCCGCCCCCCUCCCGGCAUGCCCCUCACUCACACGCUGCUCGGCUGCCCCUUAGACUCCGCCAAUUGGCCUCUUCGCCAAUCCGCCGCUGCUGCUGCUGCUGGCGGUGGUGGUGCAGUUGCAGAGUCUCUCGCGUCACAUUUGGGAGGUGGAGAAGGGGGAGGGGGGAGGAAAGGCGGACGGGGGAGGGGUACUGGAGGGAGAGGAUCGGGGGGUUGUUUGCCAACGAGUGAGGCGCUGCAGGUGCGGAUGCGGCAGGUGGCGAUGAGGGAGGGCGGGCUGGCGGGAGGAGUGAGCGCAGAGGCAGCAGAGGUGGUGCAAGCGGCUCUAGCGCUGCACCUCACGAACAUUAUUCGGUCGUGCGCUGCUGUCGGCCGCUCGGCGGCUGCUGCUGCUGCUGCCAUUGCUGCUGGCACCUGCAGCAGCAGCAGGGGCGGGGUAGGAGUGGGGAGGGGGAAGAGCGGUGGGGAGAUGCUGCCCCCGCCGCCUCUGGCUCUGCUUGCACGCACCAAUGCGGCCGCUGGUGGUGCGGUGGAUAGGAGAGGAGUGGGUGGAGGGGAGGAGGGGGGAGGGGGAGGAGGAGGAAUGGGGCGAGCGAGGGAGGGAGGAGAGGCGAAUGUGGGGAUCGGGCUCUCGAGUUUACAUCUGGGGGAUCUGUCUGGAGUGAACCCUACCUCCUUCGGGUAUGGCCCUCUCGGCCCCCCUGCGCCCCUGCUUUUUUCCUCACCCUCCCUCUGCCCCCUGGGGCUGGCGAUGCUAGGGAGAAGCGCGGUAGACAGUGGGGUAUUGGGGGCAAGUAUGGGGAUGCGGCACGAGGGGAAAGGGAGGGGGGCGCGGAGGGGGCUGCAAAGAGAGAGGUAUUCGGGAGUGGGGGGGUGGGAGGCGGAAGUGGAGGAGGAGGAGGAGGAGGAGGAGGAGGAAGAAGAAGAAGAGGAAGAUGAUUGUGGUGGUGAUGGGGUGGAGGGGGAGGGGGAGCAGGAGGUAUCAGAAGAGGAGGAGGAGGAUGAGGAGGAGGAUGAAGGAGAGGAGGAAGAGGAUGAGGAGGACGCAGAGGGGGGAGCGGUGCGGAGGGGAGAGGAGGAGGACGAGGAGGAUGAGGAGGAGGAGGAUGGGGAGGAGGAAGAGGAGGAGGAGGGGGAGGAGGAGGAGGGGGAAGAGGAGGAGGGAGAAGAAGGGGAUGAGGAGGAGGAUGCAGAAGAUGACGAGGAGGAGGAGAGAGCAGGAGGGGAGGAUGGAGAAAGAGAUCAGCAUGGGGGUUCGAUGGCUGGCUGGCAGCAGCAGAACCAGCAGUCGUGGCAGCAGCUGCAGUGGCAGCAAGUGCAGGGGAAAGGGCGGACAGGAGUCGGUAUGGAUGGUGCACAUAUGAACCAGCAGCAGCAGCAGCAGCAGAAUGGGAACUUGCAUGGAUUCACAGGGCAGGCUCAGGCACAGCUUCAGUUUCAGCAGCAGCAGCAGCAGCAGCAGCAGGGUUGGAAACAGGACCAAUGGCCCCACAAUCUACCUCAGAGUCUCGCCGAACUAGAGCAGCAGCAACGGCGCCAGCAGCAACAGCACCAGCAGCAGCACCAGCAGAAGCGGCGGCGGCAGCGGCAUCUAGUGGGCACAAAAGGACUGGGCAGUUGCAGCAGCGGAGGUGGCGGCGAUGGCGGCGGCGGCAGGAGCAGGGGCAGCAGCAGGCCUCCGAAGGUGACGGUGUCAGUCGAGCUGCUGCUGCUGGCGUUGGAGGUGGCGCCAGAGGUGUUUGGCAGCGGCAGUGAGAGAGACCUCAUCAAGGACCGCCUCCUCUGCCUCCUGCAAUGAACUCGCCUUGUUGCUUUGCUGCUGUUCCAGUUCUUGGGAUCCUCCCUUCCCAGCUGCAUCGCCUCCUGAGAAGCAGGGAGGUGGUGGGUGGAGUUCAGCCUUCUUCCUCGGCUCACACAUGAGUUGGAGUCAGCUCACCUCCCCUUCUCCCAUCACGACUUCUAUCUAUCGAUCGAUGGAUCGAUCCAUCCAUCCAUCUGUCCCUUCUCUGACUACCCCAGGUCUACCAUUCGACCAUCUUCCAUCUCGCCCUUCCUCGCCUUUCCUCCCUGUCAGUCUCGCCUCGCCCCUGACCCCUCUGCACAAGAGGCUUCGCUUCGCACCUCCGCAGAAUACGCAGCCACGCGACGCGACCCUUACCGCAUUGCUCUCCCUUCGCUUGAUGCCGCAUCAGGGUCGGGUGACGGGUCUGGUUGGAUUGGAGGCAAGUUCAUACUGGUAGGCUGUAGCAGCAGCAUCCGGCCAAACCGAAACUUACCACACCGACCCACCCACCCAGCCCGAGGCACAAGUUCAUUCCAGGAUAUAUGUCGCCAAUUCUACUGUACUGGUAGUGUAGUGCCGAUACGGUUACCUACCGUAUCUCCUUCCACCCCACAGGCUCUCUCUAGCAGCGGUGGUGCUGCUGCUCCUGCUCAUUGUUCCUCGCGAUAGUCAUCCUCGUUGAGAUUUGCGGUUACGGUAGAAGUACGGUAUCAUGCUUGCUCUUGCUUGCAGUCUCUGUGUUGUCUCCCAUUGCAUUGUCUAGUGUAUGGUAAAUGUCUGUCAA